UAGCCGCUUCCAUUUUGAGUUGAGAUGAUGAAGUCGUGCGGGGUGAACGGGUGCUCAGUUUUGUGACAGCCUGCGUUGCCUCGACACUGUGUGUGUGGUGCUCUUGUGUUAUGUUAAACGUUAGUGCGCGCUCUGUAUAAAGUGGUGAAGAUGGAUGUGGCCAUGAAGUUAGACUUUGACAGUUGUGACGACGAGGAAGUGAAUACGUCGUUUCACACGCUUAGCUCUGGCUGUGAUAUAGACUAUGGCGGCGAUCUCUCGGGCGACGAUCUCGUUGCCAUAGCGCCUACCAGCCCUAACCCAGCGCGUCUCUUCAGUCCUAGAAAAUCCGCCAGACCAGCUAUGAAACCAGAGAGCGAAAAUGCCACUCAAAUGACCCUCGAGUCCCCACCGUAUAAGAAAAUCCGAGCAUUGCGUCUGUUCGACUCUCCAGCGACGCCCAAGACGCUCCUCCAGAAAAGUACAACAGAAACUUCAAACAAACCCAAUUCGCGAUCACGAUUAUUCCCCAACUUGCGACAGAGAUCAGUGUUGACAGCAUCCCCGCAAGCGGCCCCAGCGGCGACGGUGACGCCGCCCGCAGCCUCCGCGCCGCCCAAGGACCAGAAGGGCAAGUGUUCAGCCAAGGAGGUGGCCAAUAUUAAUCCCUUCACGCCAACGGGGAUGUUGCUGUCGUCAAGGAAGCGGACAAGAUCAAGGAGAGAAGUAACUCCUGGGGAAACCAGCUUUCCUGAGAGUAUGGACCUCAGUCUUGAAGAAUGUUCUUGUAAUGACUGUUGUUGUGACGAGUGUGAGGAUGAAGCAGGGAGGCCCACCAAAAGAUUAGCAAUGCAUGAAGCCAAUGUCUCAAGAUAUCAUCAUGAAUUUCUUGAAUUGGAACAAAUUGGUCAAGGAGAAUUUGGUGGGGUGUACAAGUGCCGGCAUAGAUUAGAUGGCUGCAUUUAUGCCAUCAAAAAGUCUCUUAAACCAGUUGCAGGUUCAGUCAAUGAGAGAAUAGCAUUAAAUGAAGUUUACGCGCAUGCAGUCUUGGGAAAGCAUCCCCAUGUUGUUCGGUACUAUUCAGCUUGGGCGGAGAAUGAUCACAUGAUCAUCCAGAAUGAAUACUGUAAUGGAGGAUCCUUGGCAGAUAAGAUAGAGAAGAAUAAAACGAGCAGCAAAAUAAAUGAACAUGUACUGAAGCAAGUUCUUCUACAUGUAGCAAAGGGCCUCAAGUAUAUUCACUCACUCCAGCUAGUUCAUAUGGAUAUUAAGCCAGCCAAUAUUUUUGUAUCAAGAGAGCAGAAAGUUAAUUUGCAAGGGGAAGAAUCAGCAGAUGAUGGGUUUGAGGAAGAACAUGUAGAAGAGGAAGAAGAGGUUACCUAUAAAAUUGGUGAUCUUGGUCAUGUUACGUCCAUGGUUAACCCUCAAGUGGAAGAGGGAGACUGUCGGUACCUUCCUCGAGAGAUUCUACAAGAAGACUUUUCUCAGUUACCAAAGGCAGAUAUAUUUGCUCUUGGGCUUACAAUAUAUGAAGCUGCAAGAGGAGAACCUCUACCCCUUAAUGGAGACGAGUGGCAUGCUAUUCGUAAUGGACAGCUGGAACCACUUCGAGGAUACUCCACAGAAAUGCAAUCAUUACUCAAGCACAUGGUUCAAACUGAUCCAGUUUCUCGACCAUCAGCAGCACAGUUGGUUCACCAUCCUACACUCUGCCCUCCUAUAAUCAUGUCUCGUGCACAACUACGACGUGAAUUGAAUGCAGAAAGACUAAAAAAUGAUAUUUUAUCUCGACAACUAAAAGAGGCUGCGAAGUGUCUUCAGAGUUUAAGUCCCGCAACUGUAACAUCUAACUUAGUUGCCGUAUCAUCUGGUGUGCUUGCUGGAGUGGCACCUGCCCCUGUUAAUGUUCCAUCUCUGCCAUCCACGAGAUCAGGUCCUACCACUAGAAACUCUAGAUUAAUAGGUAAAAAAGCCAAUCGAAGUGCGAGUACAAGUAAUUUUUGAUUUGUAUAAAAGAUUAUAAGUAAAUUAUAUGUCGAUUUAAAAUUUUAAUUAUAUGCAGUUCAACUCAAUAGUCUUGUGAAUUAGUCAAUUCAUAUUACUUUUAGUCAUUUUGUAAAUACAUGUACAGUGGUAUCUGCAGAAAUAGUCAGAUCAAAAGAUCUUUAUUGUUUAGUAAUUUAAGAUAAUAUUGAUCUAGAUAAUGUAGAGUAUGUGGAUAUGAACUGAAUUGUAAUUUCAGAAUGUGGAUGUAGAAGUUUGCAUGAUUCUCGGGAGUGAAAGAUGUACAGUAUAAUGGAGUCAGACUUCAAGAAGUGGAUCUAGUCUCCGUGCAUGAGCUUUCUCAUGCAAUGCUCACACUAUAUUGAUAUUCCCACAAUUCAUGGGGAACCUUGUAUGCAUAGCAAUAUAGUGCUCAGUUCCAAAAGCACUGUUUUAUGUAUUGGCCUCGCAUUUGCUGGGCACCAAUAUACUCCGAAUGUUUUGGGUGGUACUGAUUUUGUAACAAACUUCGAAUGUUAUGUUGACUGCUUUAUUCAUCAGUAUUUUGUGUAUUAAAAGUCAAUAUAGCAUCUAAGGUGUCUUGGGGUCACAUGUCAAGUCUUUCGUUACAAAAUACCAGUUUCAGGAAUUUUAAUGCUUGCCCUCUGAUUAUAACCUGAAAUUUUAAUGGUAAGGGUAGAUGUUCACCUUAAUGAUCCGUGUUCAAAAGUACCAUAUCAAGUGUUGUGAUACUGUCCUUACCAUGUACUCAAAAUGCAUUGUAACAAUCAUACAAUCACGUGCCUUAUUAUUGUGAUAGUAGUUAUAUCUUCUUUAUUAUCUGGUUAUCCUUUUACUAUUAAACAAAAGUAUUGGUAGCUUUUUCUAUAAUCACAAAAUGUUUUAGGUAAAAUUGUUUUUGAUACAUAGGGAUAUGUAUGUAUACUUAGUUUUAUUCUAAUGGAUGAAAUACCAUCUUUUUCUUUUGGCCGAUAGUAGACCAUAUAGUAGAUUUGUCACAAAAUUUCUCCAGGUUUUUUUCAGGCUGUCUUCUGAUAAGACAUUCCGUUUACUGUGAUUUCUUGCUUUCCCUGUACUGUUUUGUAUAAAUAAAUUUUAUAUUAAUUUGUAAACUGCUUUGUUUGCUCCUGGCAAAUACUGAAUUUUAGGUUGUAAUUCAGUUUCAAAUUAAGUUUUUGUGAAUUUUGUCAUUAUUGUACACAUCAGUCCCUAUGAGCUUUGUCAGCCAGGAAUUGAUGGUGUAUGGCAUUAAAAUUAAUAAAAUAUAUUUUGCAUUAAACAAAACAUGUCUGCUGUUUUCCAAAAUAAAAUUAUAUUUUUUA